AUGGUGGAGGAGAAGUUUGCUUUGCCGCGACCGUCGACUACACCCAUAUUAAAUGGAUCUGUGAAACCUGGAUUUGCGAAACCGAGGUCCUCCACAUUCCCCAUUUCGGCCAGCUCGGAUGUCGCGUCAGGCUCAAGCAAUAGCCAUGAUGGCCAUCACAAUCGAUCUCAGCCUAUUGACGGUUUGCCAACGAGAAACUCUAUGCACACCCUGCAUGAGACACAGACUGCGACCACCAUCGACCCUUUGUCACAGCACAUCCUCCAACGUACCAAUACCCACAAGUCUAUUCCCCUGAAGUUGCUCGGACGUCCCCUUGAGGCUGAGGGUUCCAAGAACCCUCCGUCAGAGCAGGGCGCAUCUCGGGCAGAUGCAGCAUUGAACUUGAAUUUUCCGAAAGAGAAAAGAAAAGGAGUUUCCUUCCUUAGCCGAAUUAUUGGCUCAAAGAAGAAGGACCAUCUAUCAGAACCCGAAGAUGAGAAUUCGGAAGACCAUAGCCGCAUGCCCCUCGACACUUCACAUAAUCUAGGAUUCAUGCCUCGACAUGCUGCACCACCGCGUUACAUGAGAACGAAGGCCUACUACAAGAAGGAAAAGACAUUUAACCACGUCUUUCUGGCGCAAAAACUGGAGGGUGCAGGGCCACAGACGAAAAUCUCAGAAAGACGCAUUUCGAGCUCCACCAACAACUCAACGGGCGAGGGCACGGGGAAGGCCAUAUGGUCUCUGGCAUUUUCAAAAGAUGGCAAGUAUCUAGCUGCAGCGGGGCAGGAUCGUAAGGUCCGCGUCUGGGCUGUCAUUACCACCCCGGAAGAGAGAGAAGAGGAGAUAAAAGAGAUUGAUGAUGCGCUGCAAGAUGAACACGAGGCCCCGCGACUAUUCGCGCCGGUGUUCCAAUCCAAGCCUGUUCAGGUUUACGAGGGGCACUCGGGUAGUGUGUUGGACCUGAGCUGGAGCAAAAACAAGUUUCUACUUUCUUCUUCAAUGGACAAAACUGUGCGAUUGUGGCAUGCAAGUCGGUCCGAAUGCCUGUGCUGCUUUCAGCACAGCGAUUUUGUCACCUCGAUCCAAUUUCACCCUCGUGAUGAUCGAUUUUUUCUUGCCGGAUCACUGGAUACCAAACUUCGUCUUUGGAGUAUUCCAGAUAAAAGCGUGGCUUUUGUGAACUCUUUGCCGGAUAUGGUCACUGCUGUGGCAUUCACUCCGGAUGGCCGGUAUGCGAUAGCUGGAUGUCUGAACGGGAUCCUUAAUAUCUAUGACACCGAAGGCCUGAAGCUGGCAGGUCAGAUCCAGGUUCGGUCAGCUCGAGGACGUAAUUCCAAGGGUAGCAAGAUCACUGGUAUCGAGACGAUGAUGGUCCCACAAGAUGACCCAGAUGGCGAAAUCAAACUAUUGGUCACGAGUAAUGACUCGCGCAUCCGACUAUACAAUUUCCGCGAUCGAACUUUAGAAGCCAAGUUCCGCGGCAACGAAAAUACGACCAGUCAGAUUCGGGCAUCUUUUACCGAUGAUGGAAUGCAUGUGAUAUGUGGUAGCGAGGAUCGUAGAGCUUACGUCUGGCCAAUUACGCAGACGAUACCAAACUCUGAUAAACGGGCCAUGGAAGUGUUUGAGACACAGUCGUCGAUUGUGACUGUUGCCAUCACUGCACCCACACAUACCAAACAGGUUUUAGCCCUGUCAGAAGAUCCGAUAUACGAUAUCUGUAAUCCCCUCCCAAUAGCUCUGAUGAGCCCGGAGGAAGCUGCCGGAACUCCCAAGGCGAGCCCUACAAUUGAGACCAAACCCAAGGGCAUGCCGCCGCCGCAGAAGUCGCAGCACAAGAGGUCGGCAUCAGCGAGGAUGUCCGUUGUCAGUAAGAUGGCCAACGAGUCCCCAACGUACCUCUCACGAUCGUCACAUCCAGACGGCAACAUCAUCGUCAUCGCCGACUUCUUAGGCAAUAUAAAGGUGCUCAGACAAGACUGCGCGUACCAAAAACGACGUUCAGAGAACUGGGACGCCAAUUCAAUCAUCUCCAGAACUUUCCUCCGCCGCUCAAACUCUGCUCAUCGCAGUAUCGCCUCCUCAACCAAGACUCCCUCUGAGCGCAUUAUCUCAUGGCGCAACUCCGUCGUUCGCGGUCGUGCCAGCACAGACGGUUCUCGCUCGGGCCUAAGAACUCGUAGUCCCUCGCCGCAACAACCAAGAUCAGCAAACUUUCGCCUGACUUCAUCCCGCCCACCUAGUCUAGACCCAACAGAAACCCCCUCGAUCAUGACUACAUCCCCACCUCCAUCAUCACAUCGUCCCAACAUCGACAAUGCCCUCCGCUCUGGCGAAGAACUCCAAAGACAGAUUAGUCCUGCGAUAGAAUCAUCCACAGACAUGCUCAACAGUGGCAAGGCUAAAGACAAUCCGCUCUGGAUAACAGGCGAUCACAGCUACGCGUACUGGAGCAAGAUUGGGCACGAUGCGCUGGCGGCAAAGUCCCGCAAAAACGACAAUGACCUUCUCAGUCCGGAUCGCAUCCCUAGUAAUGACCGCAGGUGUAGUGUGGCGACCAGCAUUCUCAGCAGUGAUGCUGGUUCCUCCAAGACCGAGAGGGAAGAGGAUAUCCUGAAAUGCGAUUAUUGCCGUGGCAAGAACUUCCGUGGAAUUAAGGAUCGGAGUGGGAAGCAGAAGUUGAUCUGCGUCUCGUGCAACCGGUCUGUUUCUUGA